CAUACAUACGUUGAGAGAUUAAAAACAAACGAACCGGGAAUAUUAGAAAGAAGAAGAAAGAGAUCGAAACAAUGUCGUGGCAAACUUACGUUGAUGAGCACUUAAUGUGCGAUGUCGGUGACGGCCAAGGUCACCACCUCACCGCUGCCGCCAUCAUCGGCCAUGACGGUAGCGUUUGGGCUCAGAGCGCUAAUUUUCCUCAGUUCAAGCCUCAAGAGAUGACAAAUAUCAUGAAAGAUUUCGAUGAGCCGGGUCACCUAGCUCCCACUGGCUUGUUUCUUGCAGGACUAAAGUAUAUGGUCAUCCAAGGCGAGCCUGGUGCAGUCAUUCGUGGCAAGAAGGGAGCUGGAGGAAUAACGAUCAAGAAAACAGGACAAUCCAUGGUGUUUGGUUUGUACGAAGAACCAGUGACUCCAGGACAAUGUAACAUGGUCGUCGAGAGGCUGGGUGAUUACUUGAUCGAACAGGAUCUCUGAACCUUCUAGAAUGCUCCAUUGCUGUUAUUCAAAUCCUUUAAAUUAUUGUUUCACUUUUUUUUUCUUUUGGUUGGGUGCAUGGUUUUAUUUCUUCCUAAUUUAAUUUUUGGUUUCUACUUUAGCAAAAUUUAAAACAAGCCUAGGGUUUCAGAUAAUAACACAAAAGAAGAAACCUUCAUC